GGCACCCUCGGCCCAGGAAGCUGGCAGAGAAAUGGGUGACAGCACGGAUGCCUGGGUGGGAAGCGCUUACCUCUUCGUCCAGUCGACCUCCGAAAACAUUCUCCUGCCUUCACUCUAUGGAAACCCAGAGCAGAAGCCUCAGGUGUUCAAAGCAUUCAAGCUGGCAUUCGCGGAUUCUACCGGUAGCCUCAAUGGAGUGGACAUGCUGAAAGUCCACUGCAGUGACCCCCACUUGAUUGUCCAACUCAAAUUCUGCAACCAAGGGAACUGCCGCAGAUUUCUGCGAAGUUAUCGCGAAGGAGCUCUCCGGGACUCUCUUCAGCGACAUCUCAGUCUCUCCUUGGCCACAACCAGACCGGUCCGUGUCCAGAUGGAGCUGAAAACUGGUGCUGGGAAGCUGGACUCUAUGCUUCUGGAGGAGGAACGCUGUGUAGAAUGCAUCUCCCAAGACAAGCCUAACCGUCUCAGGGAUGAAGAAAUUACAAAGCUGGAGGAAUCCCUCAGGAACUUGAGUUGUCAGGGAGGCAACGGCAGUAUCAUGAGCCCAACAAUUCAGAGUCCAUCUCUGGAUUCCUCACCUCCUCCUUGCAGUUCUCUGAAGAGUCUAAGCUCUCUGCCGCAAGGAGACACCUUCAUCUUCCAGGGGCAGUCAUUUGCCAACAGAAAAAUCACCCUAGAUGACCAUCAGAAGUUUGCCAAACUCGUCUCAAAGAAAUGGAAGCAAGUGGGCCGGUCUCUGCAGGCCAGCUGCCGAGCCCUUCGGGAUCCCACCAUCGACAACCUAGCCAUGGAGUACGAGCGGGAAGGCCUUUACGAGCAAGCCUACCAGAUGCUCCGCAAGUUUAUUGACUCCGAGGGCAAGAAAGCCACCAUUCAGAGACUGGUCACUGCUCUGGAGGAGAAUGGCCUCAUAAGCUUAGCCGAGGAGCUGCUAGGAAUUCACCCAAACGAGAUGGCAGUGUAGGAAAUGGACAAAAGGGCUAAAGGGCCGUUACUUUGAACACUCUUGUGAGUUUACAACUUUCUUGACUGCACCUUAGUAAUUCAUUGCCAGCCCCUUUACCCACAGCUGUGGUAUCUGCCACUGGUGGCUCCCUGUCAAAAGAAGCCACUGAAAAUGCUGAUUUACACCCGAAGACCGCUGAAUGUUUCAGUGCUGCACUAUGGAUAUUUUCAAAAAAAUCCCGUCUUCCAAUAGGCUCCCAAGGAAAGUGGUCCAAUCAGAUCUUCACUGUUUUGGAGUGCCUCGCAGCAUAAGAACCAAAAUAUUCCCAAGCUUGAAUGUGUAAGCACAAACUGGUGGGUGCUGGGAUAGAGGCUACGUUGAGUGACUGUAUCUGUAACUGGGGCUGGUUCUGCUUAGCAACGGCCAGGUUGCACAUGCGCCCCCCCAACUUGUUGACCGUUGCAUUAAUGCACGUGAAGUUGCCUUAUAAUGAAUGAGACAGGAUUCUUUCAUCUGGAGAUGCCAAGAAUUGAACCUGGGACUUCUGCGUGCAAGCAGAGGCUCUUCCACUGAACCACAGCUCCUUCCCUGUCUUGUAUGUGUCCAUACAAAUGAGCCAUCAAUGGAUCACCCAUGAAUCUUACCUGGAGGUGACUCAAGAAAGCACAACACAUUCACAGCCAUGUUUGUGAAAUGGCUGAGUUGGAUGCAUCAGUCCACCGGAGGACCGAGUAACCUACAUGCCUUAAAACUAAUGGACCACCAAACGUGUGAAACGACUCCAUUGGAACAGCCACCGGAGGAUCAAAUAAACCUACGUGCCUUAAAAUGACUGACCACUGAAUGUGUGAACCAGUUCCACUGGGAAAGUGUUACAUUUGUGGUGGUAGACAAGUUCCCAGCAAGGUUUCUUCCUUUAAAAAAAAAAAUCCAAGAUGGCUCUUUUAUAUGUGCACCCCUUGCUGGAAAUGAAAAGGCCCGUGUGAACUAGCCUUUGGUGCUCUUUGUGUGAACAGUCCAGCAGCAUUUU